UUGGGUCAGACAGGGAGAGGGAAAAUCUGACCCAAGUAAUUCCUCGGAAAUUAGGUUUCGCGUCCCAGUGCUUUAAAACCCUCCCGUAAUCCCAGAUCCCAAAGCUUCCACUCGCCGUUGUCUUCCUGCUCGUGUGAUCCUUCUUCUUCACUGAUUGGUAAGGGUUUGAAGAAGUAGUUUACACAGAAGCCAAGAUGCAGAACGAAGAGGGGGUUAUUACCGAGCUUUACAUUCCUAGGAAGUGCUCGGCCACAAACAGGUUGAUUACUUCGAAGGACCAUGCUUCCGUUCAGAUCAACGUCGGGCAUUUGGAUGAGAAUGGCGUGUACAACGGCCAUUUCUCCACCUUUGCUCUCUGUGGAUUUGUUCGAGCUCAGGGAGAUGCUGACAGUGGGCUUGAUCGCCUUUGGCAGAAAAAGAAAGUUGAAGUUCGUCAACAGUAGAGUAAGGGAGAGAGAAUCUAGUUCAUUAUCGUGUUUGAAAUUCUGUUCUCAGGUCGAUGCAAUGUGGUCUAAGGAUUUUUACUCCUUUCAUUAGUUUUAUGAAUAUUGAAACUACUUUAUGAUCUUUCACGUGUGGCUGUUUGAAUUGUGGAUAUGACAUAAAAUCUAACGUACCUUUUACAUA